AGUCUGCGCGGCCUCGGGAUCCGUUCCGACGCGGCCACGUUGCCCUGUGAGCCAGCCCGCGCGGCGCCCGGCUCCCGGCACCCCUCUGCUCGGCCUCCUGCCGGGCUCUGGGGCCCAGGCCUUCCCGCGCAGUCGGCGGCGGGGUGCGGCUGUGCGGGGAUCGGCCUGGCCGCCCGAGAGCUCCGCGCGCGCGCGUCUGGGAUCCCGGCCUCCGAGGCCCCGCCCCGCUCCGGAGCGGAGCCGCCGAGCGAGCGCGCCGGGCUCCGCCAGAGCUCGGCUCCGUGCUCAUGCCCUGCGGCCCAGUGGGCCCGCGCCAUGGCCUCCGGGAGCGUGGCCGAGUGCCUGCAGCAGGAGACCACCUGCCCCGUGUGUCUUCAGUACUUCGUGGAGCCCAUGAUGCUCGACUGUGGCCACAACAUCUGUUGCGCGUGCCUGGCCCGCUGCUGGGGUGCCGCGGAGACUAACGUGUCGUGCCCGCAGUGCCGGGAGACCUUCCCUCAGCGCCACAUGCGGCCCAACCGGCACCUGGCCAACGUGACCCAGCUGGUGAAGCAGCUGCGCACCGAGCGGCCGUCGGGGCCCGGCGGCGAGAUGGGCGUGUGCGAGAAGCACCGCGAGCCCCUGAAGCUGUACUGCGAGCAGGACCAGAUGCCCAUCUGCGUGGUGUGCGACCGCUCGCGGGAGCACCGCGGCCACAGCGUGCUGCCGCUCGAGGAGGCGGUGGAGGGCUUUAAGGAACAAAUCCAGAAUCGGCUGGACCAUCUGAGAAGAGUAAAAGACUUGAAGAAGAGACGGCGUGCACAGGGGGAGCAGGCGAGAGCUGAGCUCUUGAGCCUGACCCAGAUGGAGAGGGAAAAAAUCGUAUGGGAGUUUGAGCAGCUGUACCACUCCUUGAAGGAACAUGAGUAUCGCCUCUUAGCUCGCCUCGAGGAGCUAGACUUGGCCAUCUACAACAGCAUCAAUGGUGCCAUCACUCAGUUCUCCUGCAACAUCUCUCACCUCAGUGGCCUGAUUGCCCAGCUGGAAGAGAAGCAGCAGCAGCCCACCCGGGAACUCUUACAGGACAUUGGAGACACACUGAGCAGAGCUGAAAGAAUCAGGAUCCCUGAGCCCUGGAUCACACCUCCAGAUUUACAAGAGAAAAUCCAUAUUUUUGCUCAGAAAUGUCUGUUCUUGACAGAAAGUCUGAAGCAGUUCACAGAAAAAAUGCAGUCAGAUAUGGAGAAAAUCCAAGAAUUGAGAGAGGCUCAAUUAUAUUCAGUUGAUGUGACCCUGGACCCAGACACAGCUUACCCCAGCCUGAUCCUUUCCGAUAAUCUUCGCCAAGUACGGUACAGUUACCUCCAACAGGACCUACCAGACAACCCUGAACGGUUCAAUCUGUUUCCCUGUGUCUUGGGCUCUCCGUGUUUCAUCGCUGGGAGACAUUACUGGGAGGUAGAGGUGGGAGAUAAAGCCAAGUGGACCAUAGGUGUCUGUGAAGACUCAGUGUGCAGAAAAGGUGGAGUGACCUCAGCCCCCCAGAAUGGAUUCUGGGCAGUGUCGUUGUGGUAUGGGAAAGAAUAUUGGGCUCUUACCUCCCCGAUGACUGCCCUCCCCCUUCGGACCCCUCUCCAGCGGGUAGGGAUUUUCUUGGACUAUGAUGCUGGUGAGGUCUCCUUCUACAAUGUGACAGAGAGAUGUCAUACCUUUACUUUCUCUCAUGCUACCUUCUGCGGGCCAGUCCGGCCCUACUUCAGCCUCAGCUACUCGGGAGGGAAGAGCGCAGCUCCUUUGAUCAUCUGCCCUAUGAGUGGGAUCGAUGGGUUUUCUGGUCAUGUUGGGAAUCACGGCCAUUCCAUGGAGACCUCCCCUUGA